UGGGUCCCCUCCGCGUCAGAACCACACUGUCCCUUUAAAACGGCUCGGUCCAGAUCGUUCCCAUUUUGAACCGCUCCUGAUUUUUAAACCCGGAUUCUUGAUAUAUGGGACAGGGAGAGUAAAGUGAUGAACCGGGAGAGAGCGGUGCCGGGGCCCGGAGCGGACGGGGUCCAGACCGUGAUUAGCCGGGACAGAAGUGCAUCGGGGCCCCUUGCUGACGCUGUCCAGCCCGUGAUGAGUCGGGACAGAGCGGUACCGGGGCCCGGUGUGGACGGGAUCCAGACCGUGGUGGGCCCGGACAGCGGAGACAUUCUGGAAGGGGGAGCCGCCGGGGAGAAGCGGCUCUUCUCCAGCGCGGGGACGGGAGGCAGAGACGCUCAGGCCGGGGAGAACCACUCGGAACCUCCGCCUACGAAUCCGGUGUUAGCCCCGCCACAGCAGGGCCCCACCGGGCACCGGACCACCUCUUUCUCCGUGCUGGACAUCCUGGACCCGAACAAGUUCACGAGUUGCCGAAGACCGCAGCACGCGAGUCACCGGGGUGAGCGCGAGCUGAGCGCGUACGGAGCAGAAAACCGGAGAGGUGGAGCCGGGGAGUGCGAGCCCGGCCUGGAGAUGGGUAAAGGCUGCUACGGUGCGGAGGAAUACCCGAGCAAGGGAGGCUUUGUGUUCAGGGGCCAGGACGAGGAGGAGGACUACCAAAGAGCAGGGAGUCCCGACUCUGAGGCCGCUGACGGGCCCUACAGCAGCGAGGAGAGCAGCUCUGCUCUGCCUAGCAACGGAGACAGAGAGGUUGGCCAACAGGGUCACGAGGACCCCGGCAGAGACACCAAGAGCCCCGCAGGCCAAAACACCGACAGCCAGAGCAAUGGGAGCCAGGGCACACAGGGGAAACCCAAGAGGAAACGCUCUGGCUCGGACUCCAAGUCGGGGAAGCCCCGCCGGGCCCGGACUGCCUUCACCUACGAGCAGCUGGUGGCUCUGGAGAACAAGUUCAAGUCCACGCGGUACCUGUCAGUGUGCGAGCGCCUCAACCUGGCCCUGUCACUAUCCCUCACCGAGACCCAGGUCAAGAUCUGGUUCCAGAACCGCCGCACAAAGUGGAAGAAGCAGAACCCCGGGGCAGACACCUCGGCCCCCACCGGUGCAGGGGGGGGAGGAUCAGGGGGGGGAGGCAUGGGGAACCUCAGCCCUCUCAGUCCGUCCCCCCCCCAUCAUCUGGCCAUGCACGCUGGCUACGGGGGCCACCAUCACCCCUCCGCCGGCAGCCUGGUCCAGCUGCCGUUCCUCACCGCCAGCCACGUCCUGUCCCCCUUCAUGCUGGGGACGCAGAGCUACGCUGCCCCCGCUUUCUACAGCACACACCUGUAG